UUUAUUCUUUUCCCGUAUCCGCUCCGCGCUCACUUUUGUACCAUAUAUCUGAGUGCACGAGCCUAAGCGGUUAUUAUGAAAAUCGAAGCGAUUGCAAGAGGCGUGUCGAGGACUACAUGCGGAAUAAGGACACGAAACAAUUCACACUGACUCCGAAGGGGUGAUUUUGAGUGUGAACUGGCAUAUGGAUGUCUGAUCGAGAGACACUGACUCUAAGAAAGGAAUAUAUCAUCUGGGACUUAAGUACCUGACAUCCAUGUUACAGUAUUCUCCACCUGAUCCUCAGCCAUUUGGCGGAACACCACUUGCAAUGUUAGCAGCCCAGUGUAGCAAAAUCACAAACAAGAGCCCCCCACCAUUAGCAGAAGCGACAGUCGGCAAGAGUUUUGUCCCUUGGAAGAAGGGCGUUGCUACUAGCGAUAACCGCAACCCGCUACAUCUUACAUCUCAGAGAGUCCCUACUCUCAACCCCUCGUUGUCGAUGACCAGCAGUGGACUUACCUACCCUCGGUCAACAAUCAACUCGUCUUGUUCCGGAAGCUACGGCAGCGACAUGCUGUACCCAACAACAACGUCUGCGUCUCAGAGCGACAUCUCCCAGGCAGCAUUCCUCCAGAAGAUGCACGGAGAUAGCGGUAUAGGAAAUUCGGGCUUCGGUGGAAUGUACUCAAGGGUUCCCUCAGUCACGGGCCACCAUUACGAAGCGUGGCCCUUUGCAGCAGGCAUGACGUCAUCACACCCCCCAGCUACGCAUACGUUGAAGACCGAGAUGACGACAACGGUAAACGGCGGAUCGCCGUGGUGGGAGAUGCAUUCGGCGAACAUGCACUCCAACCCUUCCAACUGGCUGUCGGAUAUCCCCAGUUCCGCUUCUGGACCCCAUUCUCAGAUAUCCAGUGGAUAUCCAUCCUCGGAAUACCCCUUGGGGUAUAGCCUACCAUCCGCCCCUAGUUCUCUUCUCUCCUCGGGCCAACAUUUGUUACAGGACACUUACAAAUCUAUGCUCCCCGCCCAAGGGGAACUGGGAGCGUCCAGUGUGACCCCCUUCCUCACCCGACCCGGCUUGUCCGGGAUCCCCAGUCCACGCAGUCAGAGACGGUACACCGGCAGGGCGACGUGCGACUGCCCCAAUUGCCAGGAAGCAGAUAGACUCGGACCCGCCGGGGAACAUCUCCGGAAACGGAACAUUCAUAGCUGCCAUAUUCCUGGCUGUGGUAAGGUGUAUAACAAAACCUCACAUCUUAAAGCUCAUCUACGUUGGCAUACUGGCGAGAGACCGUUUGUGUGUAACUGGUUGUUUUGUGGGAAAAGAUUCACGAGGUCAGAUGAGCUUCAGCGGCAUUUGAGAACGCAUACCGGAGAGAAGAGAUUCGCGUGCCCCGUGUGCAAUAAAAGGUUCAUGCGCAGUGAUCAUCUGAGCAAGCAUGUGAAGACACAUAGUCAAACAGGAGAUAAGAAAGGAAGCGGAAGUGACACGGAGAACAGUCAGGAAGCUGUUAAUGUCAACACAUCUCCUGCUAACACUGCCACACAGAUCUCACAAGUACCCAUAAAGGAAGAACAGGCAAUGAGAUAGAGUAAUCUCCCUUUGUGUCCUUGGACACGGCACAUAAGACUUUGACUGUCAAAUCAAUGAGACAGUGAUGGUGUAAUAUUCACUCUUUGUGACGAGCGUGCUCUGUGACAAUCCCUUGACACAAAUAUUCUAUAACUCCGUAUGACGUCACUAUGACGUAGUCGUGACGUCACUUCCAGUGAUAACCAUUUUAUUCACAUUUUAGAGUGGCCUGUUUCAUGUUAUUGUAGAGAAACUGUCAGAUUCUCACGUAUCAGUUCAAGAGACAGUUUAAUUUGUCAUCAAUACAUUUGUCAAUUUGAAAAAUGUUCUUGCUACAGCUUGAGACGUUUAAAGACACAAGUCACACAUUCAGACUAACAGGGAAUGCAUAUUCCUUUGAUCUUAUUCACACAACGAUAUUUUAUAUUAUUUAUAAAUGUAUUGUCUGUGGCAGGAGGAUAUGUGUAGUACUUUGUAUUGAUAAUCUGUAGCAACGAAAAGUUGAAUUUAAUUUUACAUCCCAUAGGUAAAAUAUAUUUCAGUCGCUCAUAUCUGUAUGUUUGCAUCAGCAGUUUUAGUCUGAAUUUAUCGAAUGGACAGUAACUGUGAUGCGAAUGCCUUAUUUCCAUAUGAUUCAAAGCAUUUGAAAUUAAUGCAGACUAAAAGAAAAGGAAUAUUUGACACCUGAAUUCUUGUGUUAAAGGAGUUCACUAUAGGUCUUGGUUGAAUUUAUAUUGUUACUAGUCGAGAAAUAUUCUUUCAUAUUUUCACAAACGCUAUUGACAUUGUUAUCGGAAUUCAUUGGACAUGAUUUUCAUUGGACAUGAUUUACACUGUUCAUAAACGUUCCUGCAAGUAAGAGUAUAUCGAAGCGGGUAAAUGCACGCUAACUUGAAACAAUAUGUACCGUAAUUUGUCUUUUUAUUACAACGUAACAAUGGACAGUGUGCAAAUGUUAUUGGAUUUGUAUCCUUAAAAGAUCAUUUGUUUUUAAAAAUAUGUUUUAGUGUUUUUCAAUUUUAACUUUAAACGAACCGAAACCGUUUUAUAAUCAAAACUCUUUAAUUGUUAACUAAUAUGUUUCAUUCUGAUUUCUCCAAUAGAUAAAUUCAAACCUAGAUAUAUCUGACAUGAUCGUACUCAGUGUAUCAAGAAGCUACAUUCAGCUAUUCAUAAUGUUAAAUCACUACAUGAAACGUAUCUGCGUAUACGUUUUUCAGAUACUACAGCACAACUCAUCCAAUUCGUAGUUCUUUAAAAUUCAAGAGUUUUGGAACAUAUUAUGGAUGCAAGACGCUUUCUUCCUGCUGGAAAUGCUUGAUCAAAAUAAUAUCACGUUUUAUUGGAGUUAGGAUUUACAUACAAGAACUACUCUUCAUGAGUAUUGAACCAUUGGAGAUUUACAACAGAAGAAAAGUAUGCAUUUUAUACGUGUCCGGUUGUGAGUUUUUGAUGGGUGUGAAUCUGUCUGUCUGAAGUAGAUAAAUGUUGACAGCAUGGUUUGUUUAGAAUUAUGCUGCUGUACGCAGUACAUGUUCCUAGUGAAUAUGUCUGUAAUAUUUGGAGGGUAUGUUUCUUCCUUGAUGUAAAUAGUUAAUUAUUAUUGUACAGAGUGCUAGGUAAAAUGUUCAAAGCUGUAAUAAAUCUAUUUGAUACAAA